GCUCCUCCCUCCCCGUCCCCCGCGCGCCCGCCAGGGCCGCGGAGAGGAGCGCGCGGCCGCGCCGAGCCGAGCCGAGCCGAGCUGGGGACGCAGAGCGCGGGAGGCGGCGGCGGCGGCAGCGUGGAGCCCAGGUGGCGCUGUUGCCGGAUGGGAGUGCCCGGGCGCGUCUGCGUUGCAUGAGGUCCCCACAUGCACCAUGUCAUCAUGCGUCUCUAGUCAGCCCAGCAGCGACAGGGCCGCUCCCCAGGAUGAGCUGGGGGGCGGGGGCGGCAGCAGCAGCAGCGAAGGACAGAAGCCCUGUGAGGCCCUGCGGGGCCUCUCCUCCCUGAGCAUUCGCCUGGGCAUGGAGUCCUUCAUCGUGGUCACGGAGUGCGAGCCGGCCUGUGCUGUGGACCACAGCCUGACCCGGGACCGGCCCCUGGAGGCCCAUGGCGGAGAGAUCACCCUUGACGCCUCGGGGUCUCAGGCCCGGCCCCACCUCUCCAGUCGCAAGCUCUCUCUGCAGGAGCGGUCCCUGCUGGAUGCCAAUGGGCGCUGCGUCUACCCGGCGCUGCCCCACUCACCAGUGGGCUCCCCGCAGUCCUCGCCGCGGCUGCCCCGGCGGCCCACGGUGGAGUCGCACCACGUCUCCAUCACUGGGAUGCAGGAUUGUGUACAGCUGAAUCAGUACACACUGAAGGAUGAGAUUGGAAAGGGCUCGUAUGGUGUGGUCAAGUUGGCCUACAACGAAAAUGACAAUACCUACUACGCAAUGAAGGUGCUGUCCAAAAAGAAACUGAUCCGACAGGCGGGCUUUCCACGUCGCCCCCCUCCUCGAGGUACCCGACCAGCCCCUGGGGGCUGCAUCCAGCCCAGGGGCCCAAUUGAGCAGGUGUACCAGGAAAUUGCCAUCCUCAAGAAGCUGGACCACCCCAACGUAGUGAAGCUGGUAGAGGUCUUGGAUGACCCCAAUGAGGACCAUCUGUACAUGGUGUUUGAACUGGUCAACCAAGGGCCUGUGAUGGAAGUGCCCACCCUCAAACCACUCUCUGAAGACCAGGCCCGUUUCUACUUCCAGGAUCUAAUCAAAGGCAUCGAGUACUUACACUACCAGAAGAUCAUCCACCGGGACAUCAAACCUUCUAACCUGCUGGUGGGAGAAGAUGGGCACAUCAAGAUCGCGGACUUUGGUGUGAGCAAUGAGUUCAAGGGCAGCGAUGCCCUUCUCUCUAACACUGUGGGCACCCCGGCCUUCAUGGCUCCUGAGUCGCUCUCGGAAACCCGGAAGAUCUUCUCUGGGAAGGCACUGGAUGUUUGGGCCAUGGGUGUGACACUGUACUGCUUUGUGUUUGGCCAGUGCCCGUUCAUGGACGAGCGGAUCAUGUGUUUACACAGUAAGAUCAAGAGUCAGGCCCUGGAAUUUCCAGAUCAGCCUGAUAUAGCCGAGGAUUUGAAGGACCUGAUCACGCGCAUGUUGGACAAGAACCCUGAGUCGAGGAUUGUGGUGCCAGAGAUCAAGCUGCACCCCUGGGUCACGAGGCAUGGGGCGGAGCCGCUGCCAUCAGAGGACGAGAACUGCACGCUGGUCGAGGUGACCGAAGAGGAGGUCGAGAAUUCGGUCAAACACAUUCCCAGCCUGGCAACCGUGAUCCUGGUGAAGACCAUGAUACGAAAACGUUCCUUUGGGAACCCGUUUGAGGGCAGCCGGCGGGAGGAGCGUUCCUUGUCAGCGCCUGGAAACCUGCUCAGCAAAAAACCAACCAGGGAGUGUGAGCCCCUGUCUGAGCCCAAGGAAGCAAGGCAGCGAAGACAGCCUCCAGGGCCCCGAACCGGCCCCCGUAGGGGAGGAGGAAGUGCUCUCAUGAAAGGCGGCCCUGGCGUGGAGAGUUGGGGAUUCCCAGGCCCCAGCUCCCUAGAGCACACUCAUCCUGCGCGUCCGGACGAGGUGAUGGAGUAGCGCCGGACCGCGACUGCGCAUGCGCGUCUCACUUCUGCUGGCGGCGCCCUGUGUUUCCAUAGCAGCAUGUCCUACGGGAAACCGAGCACGUGUGUAGAGCCUUGACAGUCAUCUCUGGUUGUUUUGUUUUUGGUUUGUUUGAUUUCUUUCUUAUUUUAAAGGGG